CUGCUCAUUGACUUCACAGAGACACCGCGCAAGAACAAGGGCACUAACGGUGCAACCAUGGACGCGUGGACCUAUCAAUUUGGUAACCUCUCCAAAAUCAGCCCCUUCGAGGGCCCACAGUACCAUCUGGCCCCCAAGUGGGCUUUCUACCUGCAGGCAGCUUUCAUGGGCUUUGUAUUUUUCGUGGGCACACCUUUGAAUGCCAUCGUCCUCUUUGUUACAAUGAAGUACAAGAAACUCAGACAGCCUCUCAACUACAUCUUGGUGAACAUCUCCCUAGGAGGCUUUAUUUUCGACACUUUUUCUGUAAGCCAAGUAUUCUUUUCUGCUCUUAGAGGUUAUUACUUCUUCGGUUAUACACUGUGUGCAAUGGAAGCUGCAAUGGGAUCGAUUGCGGGACUUGUGACAGGAUGGUCUCUGGCAGUUCUGGCUUUCGAGAGAUACGUGGUUAUCUGUAAACCUUUUGGAAGCUUCAAGUUCGGACAAAGCCAGGCAUUGGGAGCCGUUGCGCUCACCUGGAUCAUAGGUAUCGGUUGUGCCACUCCUCCAUUCUGGGGAUGGAGCAGAUACAUUCCAGAGGGUAUUGGCACCGCCUGCGGACCUGACUGGUACACAAAAAACGAGGAGUACAAUACUGAGAGCUACACUUACUUCCUAUUGGUCUCCUGCUUCAUGAUGCCAAUAAUGAUCAUCACCUUCUCCUAUUCACAACUGUUGGGGGCCCUGCGUGCUGUUGCAGCCCAGCAGGCCGAGUCUGCCUCCACCCAAAAGGCUGAGAAGGAAGUGUCCAGGAUGGUUGUUGUGAUGGUUGGAUCCUUUGUCGUUUGCUAUGGCCCUUAUGCCAUCACUGCCUUGUAUUUUAGCUAUGCUGAGGAUUCAAACAAGGAUUACCGUCUGGUGGCCAUCCCUUCUUUGUUCUCAAAGAGCUCCUGCGUGUACAACCCCCUAAUCUAUGCCUUCAUGAACAAACAGUUCAAUGCCUGCAUCAUGGAGACUGUAUUUGGCAAGAAGAUUGAUGAGAGCUCAGAGGUUUCCAGCAAGACUGAAACCUCCUCUGUGUCUGCAUAAAUUAUUCCACAAUUUUCUAUUCCUAUUUACAACUUGUCUGGACCUGUUUUCAUGUUAUCCCUUGCCCUGAUUGUUCAAAUCCUGCACCUUUACACCUUGUUGAGGGCUGAGGGAUUCUCCAUGUCCAAGAAGACACAGCCCGCUGGAUGGCCAAACCAGUGGGUGAUAUCCUACCAUCCUUUCUGUGCAGUACUGGUACACCUUCAAAAUA